AUGUCGGAGACUACGACCAAGCAGGCGCCGGCCUCAUACGUCGGCACGAGCAAGAUUGUCCAGACGGACUUUCCGCUCAUCGACAACGACCCUCACUUUAAGCGCGUUGUCGGCUAUGCCCGCAGGGAGGACUACAUUGCCGGCGGUCUUGCCGCCGCGUUCGCCCCGGCCGCUCUCUACACACUGGAGAAGUUUGCGCCCUCACACGUCGGUCGCGGCGGCUUCGCCAAGGCCAUGCGCCUAGCCGGCUUCGUCGGUCUCGCCGGCGGGUUUCUCUAUUUUUACCAGCGCUCCGCCCUGCGAUUCUACGGCGCCACCGAGAACUCACGGGAGAUUGAGAUGGACAUGCGCGAGAUGGUCGACCGGGUCAAGGCCGGGCAGCCGCUGUACGGCGAGUCGAAACUGAGCCCGUACCUGCAGGGCGUGGCCGCGCGCCAGAGCCGGUACUCGGCCCUGUUCAUGGCCACGGUGCCGUGGUUCAACUUUGUCAACCACGACCAGCACGGCGUCGACACGGCCAAGUACUACCAGCAAGCGGAGCGCGAGCUGGAGGCGGAGAGGAAGUAA